CAGUAACCAAUCUGAUAGGUGUGGUGAUAAUAUAAAAGCCAGGCAGGAUGGGUUAUCUUUGUACAGGUCUGACCUGAUCAGCUGUAUAAACAACGUGAUAGAACAUUAUUCGUGGGACUGUCCUAACAUCGGGUAGACGCAGAUACAAUGUCUGACAGCUCUGAAACGCCACAGACGAAAUUGAAGAUGGACCAUAAGGUGUUUAAUGAUCCCAUCCACGGGACGGUGGAGUUACACCCACUUCUCAUCAAAAUCAUCGACACACCUCAGUUCCAGAGACUGAGAAACAUCAAGCAGCUUGGAGGGGCCUACUUUGUUUACCCUGGAGCAUCCCACAACCGCUUUGAACACUCCAUUGGGGUGGCACACUUGGCAGGUCAACUUGUUGAAGCUCUGCGUACAAGGCAGCCGGAACUCGACAUUGAUGAGAGAGACGUCCUUUGUGUGAAGAUUGCUGGUCUCUGCCAUGACCUGGGACAUGGACCCUUUUCUCAUCUGUAUGAUCAAAUGUUCAUACCCAAAGUACAACCAGAAAAUGAGAAGCAUGAAGACAACUCUGUAAAGAUGUUUGACCACCUGGUGGAAUCUAAUAAUAAAAAGCUGGAGCUGGAGAUGAAGAAUAAGGAGAAUGGUCUGACUGAUGAUGACUUGAAUUUCAUCAAAAAGUUGAUUGAAGGACUGAAGGACCCUACAGAAGUCCAGUGGUCAGAGAUUGGUCGGAAAAAGGACAAAUUCUUCCUGUUUGAAAUCGUGGCCAACAAAAGCAACGGCAUUGAUGUGGACAAGUUUGACUACUUUGCCAGGGACUGCUACCACCUGGGCAUGAAGAACAACUUUGACCAUCUCCGCUUCAUACAGUUUGCCAGAGUGAUUAAAGUGGAAAAAGACGGGCUGAAUCACAUCUGCAGUAGAGACAAGGAGGUGGGCAAUCUGUAUGACAUGUUCUACACCAGGAACUGUCUCCACAGAAGAGCCUACCAGCACAAAGUGAACAAGAUCAUUGAGUAUAUGAUUGCAGAGGAGAAGAUUAACGGUUGGAAAGAGGAAUUGGAUCAAGCCAGAAAGAAUGUUUGUCCUGAAGGUCAUGAGUUUGAACCAGUACUCAACCCCUUCAAUCAGUGGCGGCUGAGGCAUGAGAUGUAUCAUCAUUGGGAAGAGGAAUUGGCUGCAGCCGUCCCUGAGGGAGGUGAUGGGGGUGUCACACUGACAGCAGAGGACUUUGUAGUUCUAGACACUACUUUUGACUAUGGAAUGAAAGACAAGGACCCCAUCAAUAAUGUGUAUUUCUACAACAAGAUAAACCAUGACAAAGCAUUCAACAUCACCAAAGACCAGGUGUCCAAGCUUCUCCCAGCAUGCUUUUCUGAGCAGCUGAUCAGGGUUUACAGUAAGAAGACUGAUGACCAGAGUGUGGAGGCUGCCAGGAAUCACUUGGUCAAGUGGUGUGAAGAUAAGGGCUUGCCAAAACCUCAGCUACGUCCCUGCGUCAAACGUGCACGUGAGAGUCUGGCUCGCACACAGCGAGUCUGCUGCGGCGCGGUGAGCCUGUGUCCCGGCAAAGACUGGAGCGACUGA